CUUCAUUCAACAUUCUGGUUUAUUUCAUUUUUCACAUUCAAUGGGACUCUUGUUUUCUCGGACUUCUCGUAGCGCCAUGGCAAAUCCCGAAAUUCAAAACUUCAUCAAAAAUGCCGUUUCGCAAGACAAAGUUGUUGUGUUUUCAAAAACAUACUGCCCGUAUUGCAAGUUAGCUAAAGACAUAUUCCAGAAAAUAAAUCAGCCCAUGAAGGUAAUUGAACUAGACGAGCGUGAAGAUGGGAAUUCUAUUCAAGACAACUUGGCCAGCAUAACAGGAUUCAGAACUGUGCCGCAAGUUUUUAUCAACGGCAACUGUGUCGGCGGAGGAAGUGAUGUCCAAGCUUUACACAAGGCGGGCAAACUAGAACCCAUGCUCAUAGGCUAGUAAAGUGAUCUCCUAAGGUUAAAUCAAAGUUCAAAUUCAGUUUAA